AUGGCCAUCAACUGCACGAGCACGGCCGACUGCGGCGAGGGCGAGACGUGCGUGGCCGGCGACUCGGCCACGUCCAUCCAGGCCUGCGUGGCCGGCGCGGUGUGCGGCGGCGCCACGAGCGGCAACUGCCCCGCGGACGCCAGCAGCGGCCAGCUGGCCUGCAUCCAGCGCGACGGCAUCUACAAGUGCCUGUCCAUCGACCGCUGCGACCAGUACUUCGGGGGCUCCUCCUGCAGCGACGGCUGCAGUGUGAACGGCGUGCAGUGCAGCGGUCAGGGCUCGUGCUCGCUGCUGUCGACGGGCGCGGACGGCACGCCGAGCUUCGGGUGCACGUGCAACGACGGCUUCAGCGGCGACAAGUGCGAGUCCGGGUCGAGCUCCGGCUCCAAGACGCCGUCCAGCUCCUCCUCCUCCUCCAAGGCUUCAAGUAUCAGCUCUUCUUCUUCCUCCAGCACGACCAGCUCAUCAACCAGCUCGUCCAAGGCUUCGACCAGCUCCUCCACGUCGUCGUCUGCGUCCAAGUCGACCUCCUCUAGUGUUUCAGGCUCCAGCUCCAGCUCCACGUCCUCGUCUUUGAGCGGCUCUGGCAGCUUUUCCGCGUCGGUGAAUGGGUCGUUGAGCAGCUCUUCUUCGUCUUCUUCGUCAUCGUCGCUCGAGGCUGGCACCAGUAACAGGGCAGACCCGACGUCGGCCGCCAGCGGCUCCGUAGCGUCCGAGUCGGACUCGGGCGGUACCAGCUCGACCGUGUUCAUCAUUAUUGGCGUGCUGGCUGCGUGUAUUAUCAUCGGCGCGCUCAUGUUCGCAAUGUACUCGAGGAAGAAGAAGGCCCAGCAGGAGGCCGAGGCCGGCGGCUUCGGCGGGGCCGCAGCUCUGGGCGCGACUGCCGGGGGUGACAGCGAGCUUGGCGGCGGCACAGGGGCCGACACACCGAAGAGCAGUAUCGUCACCAUGUAG